UGGCUCUCCAUACAGAGUAUUCGAAUUGUUCCUAAUCCUUCUAACAUUCGCAAAAUUAGUAACCUCGUAUAGAGACGGAGAAUCCUGUCAAAAAUUAACGAAAAUGUCCAACGAACGAAAAUUCUGUCAAACAGUAGGAAAUCUGCCCAAAGAACUGUACCCGUUCCCUUACGAGAAAAACACGACGAUCCUAUCGCUGGAAACGAGCGAUUUCAGAAGAGUCCAUCGAAGACAAUACCCGAGACUGUUCAACAGAAGUUCCGUACAACUCGUCGAUCCCAUUUUGAUACCGCAGAGCCUGAAAUUAGUGAGCGACGCCAGACUGGAAAAACGGCAUUAUUCGCACGUCGGGCUCUCACACAUGGAUAAUUUUUUUUGAUAAAACGUUUACGAACAAAUGCUAAAUUUUAU